AUGACGGUCCUUCAUUUAAUGCGGAUGCCGGAGGUCGCUCUGGAGGCCAUCGGCAAUGACGACGCUUGGCGCGAGGACGUGCAAGCGCGGCUAGCCAAGGUCGAGGAUUGCGAAGUAGUCUUACUAGUGACUUUCGUACCCGCAGGCAGAAAGCAGUCCUUCAAAGCGCACCCCCUUGAAGUGGUGCAGCUACAGGCUCGUGCGCUAGGUCUGCCCCACGCUGUCUUGGAGAUCUCCUCGGCACCCACCUUCUUGGACAGCUACCGAGCCAACAUCAAUCACCUUCGAGAGCAGUACGGCAUUACAGCUCUCGCCACGGGGGAUAUCCUUGACGUCUGCAACUCCUUCAUGCCUCGUGCAGCCGCCGGUACGGGUGUCGAUCUAAUCUGCCCGCUGUGGGGCAUCGAACGCGGGCUGCUACUGGAGCUAAUCUGGGCGUACGGCAUGAAGCCGUUGAUCACGUGCGUCAAUGUAACCAAAUUCGAGCCGGCUGCGCAGCGAGCAACUGCGGCGAUGGCAGUCCAGCUAUCCGCGGCACAGCAGGCGGGUUUCACUCUCAGUGGUGGUGAAAUGCAGUUGGGAGCAUGCGGCGGGGGAUUUGGAGGUUCGGGGGCGGGUGUAGACGGUGGUGGGCUUGCAUCGGGAAUUGGAAUGCGUGUUGGGGACGGUACGGCACUCCUGGGCCGCCAACUCGACCGGGACCUGUAUAACGAGGCGCUGCUGCCCGCCAAGGAGGUGUACGGCGUGGACGAAUGCGGGGAAUGGGGGGAGUUUCACACGAUGGUCACGGACAGCCGGUUGUUUGGCGGCGGCCCGCUGCGGCUCAGUUUCAAGUGCCUGCGGGAGGGGGACUACGCCUUCCUGUCGCUAUCUGCGUCGGAGGAGCGAACUGAUGCGUCAUAAUAGGUGUGAUGGAGCGCGGGCGGUUAAUGGGCGGCUAAGGGUGUUUCCCUCGGGGUGUUUGUUUUGAAAAAUGGUGCGCGAACCGCUGGCGGGAAAUGCAACAGACCAUGUAAAUUAUUCAUAGAUCG